AUGCGGACAAUUCUUGAUUCGGCGGCAGAUGCUUUCGGCUGCACACCUCUCGUGCGCCUAGAUCGAAUCGCGUCUGCUCUCGGCCUCGAUGGAACGAUUUUUGCUGAACUUGGCUAUCUGGAUCCUGGUGAUUCGAAAAGGGCCGUGUUGAGCACACUCAAGCCCGGCCAGCCAAUUGCUGAGCUUACGAGUAGCAACGCGGGCACUGAGCUUUCGAUUGUUUGCGCCAACAAAGGCUACAGAUUCGUCGCUGCCAUGCACAAGGGACUUUAUUGGACGUGCCACAAGAUGGCCGCACUGGGCGCUGAGGUUUUGCUCAUUUACCAAAUGCCAGACUCGGUACCUAGAGAUGUUUCGAGACCUUAUCUGCAACCUGUGGGAGAAAAGAGCAAUGGCAAUCUUGAUGGGUUCGUUGAUUACGUCGGCUUAGGAGGCGCAUCUGCUUGUCAAUGCUUCACUGUCGAACCCCACGAAGCAGCCGUCUUGGCUGAUCAGCCUGUUUCUCGACCAGUGCAUCCUAUUCAGGAAAAAGACUAUGUGAUGACUAGCGUGAUUGCGCGCAAGGAGGGAUUAUUUGGAGGGUUCUCCCGCGGCGCGAACAUAAGCGCGGCUUUUGAAUUGCUCAAGGGGCCCGUGCAAGGGUUGACGGCUUCAAUCGUAAUUUGCAACUCAGGUCAAAAGUACCUGUCAACCAAUCUUUGGGCUGAUAUAUCAAAGAAAUGA